AUGUUUGGAGCAUUUAAACCAACAAAUUCUCUAUUAGGUGGUCUACUAUGGAAGAACCCAUGGAGGAUGUCAAGACCUCAAAAGCAAAGAUUAAGAAACAGAUUAAAGGCUGUUGAUAAGAAUAUUAGCGAAUUGACUCUAGGUUUGCAUUUAAAAACUUGUGAAAGUAAAGGUAUAUCAUAUCAAGAGGGGCUAAAGAUGAAGACACUAUUUGAGCCAAACAACAGACUGCUGCAAUCUUUGAAUGAUAGUUCAAUAUUUCCAAAGGAGCAUGAAAUGUCACCAAAAGAUAAAUAUACAGUUUUCAAUAAGAAAUCUCCAGGUUACAGGAAGAGUGUUCAUAAGGUACCAAAAUGGACAAAAUUGUCAUUAAGAACAAAUCCAGAGGGAUUUUAA